AUGAAUUGCAUGGAUUAUCUGCACGUUUUAAAAUAUAAGUAUAUUUAUCAAAAACUUUCAAAAUGUUUGCAUAAAGUUAGUUUUUGCAUUGGUCGUCAUCCACUUUUAUUCAUUUGCAUUCCUCUAUUAUUUACCGCAUUAUUCGCUUGUGGAUUCUUGCGAAUAAAAGGGCAAAAUGAAAAAGAAUUUUCAUAUCUUCUUUUUAAUGAAAAAAGUAUCAUAGACAGAUCAGAAAUAGAAAAAUUAUUUCAAGAAAAUGCAACCGAUUUUGAUUUUUCUCGAACAACUAGGUUAAAGGCGUACAGUAGCAUUAUAGCCAAGGCUAAAGAUGGAGGUUCCAUGAUUCGAGAAUCCAUAUUUCAAGAAAUAGAAAAUUUGGAUUGGAUGGUUCGAAAUAUGACCAUAAUUCAUAAAAAGUAUAAUUUAACUUAUACCGAUAUCUGUAGAAAAACAAAAGGAAUAUGUUUCCAUAAUGAUAUUUUAAACUUAGUCGACAAAUUAAGUGCAUUCUUACAUGGCAGAAUACAAAUCAG